GUCCCAGGGUGCAAUGGACCAAAGGGUCGCUACCUCAAGUCCUGGCCGGCGCGGAGCAGCUCACUCGCGGGCUCGGCCGCUCUAGCAGAGGAGACGCUGAGCGAUGCUGGGCGGCUGUCGACGAUUCAGGGCGUUCCUGGGAAGCCUGCAUGGCGGUCUCCGGGGCCCCACCAGCCGCCGGAGCUUGACUUCUUGCAUCGACCCUUCUGUGGGGCUAAAUGAAGAACAGAAAGAAUUUCAGAAAGUGGCGUUUGAGUUUGCUACCCGGGAAAUGGCUCCAAACAUGGCAGAGUGGGACCAGAAGGAGUUGUUUCCGGUGGAUAUGAUGCGGAAGGCAGCGCAGCUGGGCUUUGGGGGAGUCUACGUGCGGACAGAUGUUGGGGGAUCUGGUCUGUCACGGCUUGAUGCCUCUGUCAUCUUCGAAGCCUUGGCUACAGGAUGUACCAGCACCACAGCCUAUCUGAGCAUCCACAACAUGUGUGUCUGGAUGAUUGAUAGCUUUGGAAGUGAGGAGCAGAGGCACAGAUUUUGUCCACCGCUCUGUACCAUGGAGAAGUUCGCGUCGUAUUGCCUCACUGAACCAGAAAGUGGGAGUGAUGCUGCAUCCCUUUCGACUUCCGCUAAACGACAAGGAGAUCAUUACAUCCUCAAUGGCUCCAAGGCUUUCAUCAGUGGUGCUGGUGAAUCAGAUAUCUACGUGGUCAUGUGCCGAACAGGAGGACCAGGCCCCAAGGGCAUCUCAUGUGUAGUUGUUGAGAAGGGGACCCCUGGCCUCAGCUUUGGCAAGAAGGAGAAAAAGGUGGGGUGGAACUCCCAGCCAACCCGAGCUGUGAUCUUCGAAGACUGUGCUGUCCCCGUGGCCAAUAGAAUUGGGAGCGAGGGACAGGGCUUCCUCAUUGCCAUGAAAGGACUGAAUGGAGGGAGGAUCAACGUUGCUUCCUGCUCUCUGGGAGCAGCUCAUGCUUCGUUUGUGCUUGCCCGAGACCACCUCAAUGUCCGGAAGCAGUUUGGAACCUUUCUGGCUAAUAACCAGUACUUACAGUUCCAACUGGCUGACAUGGCGACGAGGCUGGUGGCCUCGCGGCUGAUGAUCCGCAACGCGGCAGUGGCUCUGCAGGAGGAGCGGGAGGAUGCCGUGGUCCUGUGCUCCAUGGCCAAGCUCUUUGCUACAGAUGAGUGCUUUGCUAUCUGUAACCGGGCUUUACAGAUGCACGGAGGCUACGGCUACCUGAAGGAUUAUGCCGUCCAGCAGUAUGUACGAGACUCCAGGGUCCACCAAAUUCUAGAAGGCAGCAACGAAGUGAUGAGGAUCCUGAUUUCCCGCAGCCUGCUGCAGGAGUAGCACUCCCUGCGGGACAGUGAGCAUGCGCUUUUCUGGGCAGCUGCAGUCAGCACCGAGCAGUACCUGCUGGGCUCCAUGCUGCUCC